GCCUGGUAGCGGCUGUGGACCUGCGGGUACCGGCCCCGCUAAGGAGGCUGAAGCGGCGGGAGAAGCAGGACGCGGCAAGUCCGCCCCUCCCCUCCCCACCGUGCCGCGGCCCAGCCUCCUCCUCCCGGUUCAAGAUGAAUUAUAUGCCGGGUACCGCCAGUCUCAUCGAGGACAUUGACAAGAAACACUUGGUGCUCCUUCGAGAUGGUAGGACCCUUAUAGGCUAUUUGCGAAGCAUUGAUCAAUUUGCUAAUUUAGUGUUACACCAGACUGUGGAACGCAUUCAUGUGGGCAAAAAAUAUGGCGAUAUUCCUCGAGGGAUUUUUGUUGUCCGAGGAGAAAAUGUAGUCCUCCUUGGAGAAAUAGACCUAGAGAAGGAAAGUGACACGCCUCUCCAGCAAGUAUCUAUUGAGGAAAUUCUAGAAGAACAAAGAGUGGAACAGCAGACUAAGCAGGAAGCAGAGAAGCUGAAAGUCCAAGCUCUCAAGGAAAGGGGCCUCUCUAUUCCCCGAGCAGAUACUCUGGACGAGUAUUAGAUGUUCUGUUCUGGAUCUUGCUCUCCUAGGAGCAGAAUUUGUCACUGGAGUUUGUGACGCAAUGGUUGCUCUUUAUUAGAGUUUUGGAAAAUGGUUUUAUUUUGGAUUCUCAGUUUCACAAUUGUGCCAUGAAGAAAUCAUGUGGCCUUAUUUUUUUCUUAACAGAAUCAUUGUAUAAAGGGGCAUGGACUUUUUCACAUAUGUCUAUGGAGCCAACAGAUUACUUCCACUAGACUUUAGAGGGAAACUUAUUCACUUGUAAAUAAAAUAUGAAUCUCAAAACCA